AUGAAUCGCGACGCGUUUCUCUCGCGGUCCGGCGGCGUGUACGAGAAGACCCCCUGGAUUUGCGAGGGCGCCUGGGAUGCCGGCUUCAUCCGGGAGUCGCUGGACCUGCACGGUGGGCUGCCGAGCUUGCUGGAGUCCUUCUUCGAGCAGCACGCGAGCGCUGCGCAGCGCCUGGAGCUGCUGAGGAGCCACCCCGACCUCGCGGGAAAGCUCGCGGCCGCCAAGCAACUCACGGUGGAGUCCACCCAGGAACAGAAGGGCGCCGGCCUGGACCAGUGUAGCCCGGAAGAACUGGCGGAAUUCCAGGCGCUCAAUGGGCGGUACACGGAGAAGUUCGGCUUCCCCUUCAUCCUCGCAGUGGCUGGCUACGAUCGGCAGGGCAUCCUGGAGGUGUUCCGCAGGCGCAUGGACCAUGCCUACGACGAGGAGCUCAAGGAGGCCCUCGCGCAGGUGCACAAGAUCGCCAAGAUCCGCAUUCAGCGAGAGUGCGCCGCGUCCAGCUAG